UUUAGAUUUUCUAUCAAUCUUCCAUUUCGGAAUUUAUAACGAUGUAUUGGCCGGAUAUAUGACUGAAAGCAGAGUCUCAGUGACCUUUGACCGGGUUUUACGCAGGUGGGAGAGCUGUAAAGAUGAGCAGAAGGACAGAUAGUUUCCAAGAACCGACAUGCAAUCCAGCAGGCUGCGCUUUGCAGGCCUGUUAGUUUUACUCCUGGUUGCCUGUAGCGGAGGAGGAUUCAUCAAAAAUGAGGAGUUUUAUUCUGUAUUUUCAGAGGACGAACUUCCUCUGAAAAUGGACCAGGCUCUGCUCACGUUUCACAACAAGCUAACAGAACCGGUCCGGGUUUUCUACACCUCAGAUUACUGCUACAAGUGUGUGAAGCAGCAGCUGGUCACCGUGAAGCCCAACAACAACAAUGCGUCUGCAAUAAUCAGCACUAAAUUCGCCCUGACGCUGCAGGUUGAACCGCAGACCAGGAACUCAACGCUCUGCAGAUGGAGUCGAACAUAUAAGGAGGGAGGCCAUUACUCUGUUUGGAUGCAGACGCCCGCGGCCUCCGCUGACCCAAUCUGCAGCGUCUCAGUGGAUAAGAGUCCAAACAAUGCUUACGUGCCUCUUCUGGUGGCGGCUCUGCUACUGGCUGUUAUUGUGUUAUUAUCUGUUGUGGUGCCUUACGUCUACAGGAGGCGUUGCACAUCUGAAUGUAUUAAAAUAAUCUGCUGCCAAGAUCCUCUGCACUCCGUGGAUAAUGAGGCUGCUGAGGCUGCGCAUGUUGGCGGUGAAGCCAAGCCGUCGCGUCUGCUCUCCUUGGAUGCUUUCCGAGGGUUUGCCCUGACAGUGAUGGUGUUUGUGAACUACGGCGGAGGCGGCUACUGGUUCUUCCAACACGCUCCCUGGAACGGUUUAACGGUGGCUGAUCUGGUCAUGCCCUGGUUUGUGUUUAUAAUUGGGACUUCAGUGGUUUUGGCCUUCAGCUCCAUGCAGAGGAGAGGAGUCGGCCGCCUGCAGCUGCUGAGAAAAAUCACCUGGAGGACAGUUGCGCUGCUGAUAAUCGGCUUCUGCUUUCUCAACUAUUCUCCCCGAGAUGGCCCGUUGUCCUGGUCCUGGCUCAGGAUCCCCGGAGUGCUGCAGCGUCUGGGCUUCACCUACUUUGUUCUGUCUCUCCUGCAGACUUUCUGGGGCCAGAAACAAAUCCCAGAGCGAGCGCCUCAGUGGAGGAGCGCUGCCCAGGACGUCCUCCUGUUCUGGCCUCAGUGGCUGAUUAUCAUCCUGCUGGAGACGUUUUGGCUGUGCGUCACCUUCCUCCUGCCGGUACCCGGCUGCCCGGCAGGAUAUUUGGGAGCUGGCGGGAUCGGCGAUGACGGUCUUUACCCAAACUGCACUGGGGGGGCAGCAGGAUACAUCGACCGAUGGAUGUUUGGUGAUAACAUGUACAGAUACCCCACUUGCAAAGAAAUGUAUCUCACUGUGCUGCCCUUCGACCCAGAAGGGAUUCUGGGAACCAUCAACUCCAUUGUGAUGGGAUUUCUGGGGAUGCAGGCUGGAAAGAUUAUCGUUUUCUACAAGAGAAAGAACGUCCACAUUCUGUGUCGAUACCUGGUGUGGGCCGCCAUCCUGGGAAUCUCCGCAGCCAUCCUUUCUAAGUGCACGCGAGACGGAGGAUUUAUACCUGUCAAUAAAAACCUUUGCUCGUGUCUCUGCAGGUCGCUGUCCUACGUCACGGCCAUGGGGUGUUUCUCCUUCCUGCUGCUGGGAGCCAUGUUCUUCAUCAUUGAUGUGAAAGGCUGGUGGCGAGGGCAGCCAUUCCUUUACCCAGGGAUGAACUCCAUCUUUGUGUACGUUGGCCACUCGCUGCUCGGCUUCUACUUCCCCUUCAGCUGGGAGAUUGGUUUCCAGCAGAGCCACUGGGAGUUGCUGCUGCAGAACCUGUGGGGAACCGGGCUUUGGGUUCUCAUCGCCUUCCUCCUCUACAGGAAGAAGUUUUUCCUCAAAAUAUAACAUUCCCAAAAAAAUCCUGCAGAAACUCUAACCUACAAGCCUUAAAAGAUGUUAAAUAAUCUUUUCUGUUGUUGUCUCUGGGUUUCCAUAGCAACCACAGACAGCAUCUACAUGUCAGUCUGUAGUUUGGCCUAGAAAUGCUGUCACCAUUCAGAUGUAAAUAUGUAAUCUUUACUGGAAAUGUCUUGAGUUUAAGUGAUUAAGUACAAUUUUGAAUCAAUAUUUUGACAGCAAAAAAGUUUGGAAAAAUCAAAGGAUUAAAAUUUAACUAAUAUUUUGUUUCACUCUUUUUUUUUUAAAUCAAAGUCAAAAUGUUUUGUUUUUCUUCCCCCACUUGAUUCCAGAUUUUUAUGAUUGGUUGGAUAUAUAUAAAAAACAGUUGAAGAUUUGUAUAAUUAGGCUGCGUUCACACAAGCACUGCACAAAAUGGAAUUACAGAAGUAAAUUUAUUUAAUAGAAUCACAACAAUUAAGAAAUAAAUGUUUUGUGACAAAAAUGUUUCUGUGCUAGGAUAAAGUGGAUCUUUUUAGCCAUUUCAGCUUUAGUGUAUUUCAAAAAACGGUGAUGAAAACGGUACUUUUGCAUCUCAAAAGUCACAUGAUCAAUAACAGGAUGUUACUACUGGCAGAAAUGACGAAGAUGACCAACAGAAAGUGGUUGAUGAUGCCGGAUGAUGGCGCGCUGUGAUUUUUAAUGAUUUAUCCCAUAAACAAACUGAUUCAUGUGUGAUUUUAAUCGCUUCUCAUUUAAUGGAAACACCGAAAUUGGGUUUUUUGGACACUAGUGGAAUAUCUACAAAGUUUUGUGCACAUUUGUAAUGGAAACGUAGCUACUGUUUU